UCCUCUUGAGGAGGGCGGGGUAAAGAACCGGAAGUGGCAGGAGCGAGCUCCCUAAGAGAGAGAAAAAGAGAGAGGGGGGCUGAGGAUCGAGCGAGUGAGCGAGCGCUGGCAGAUGCCAGGGACCUUCUGCAUAGAAGUUGGAGGCUCUGCCACCGAGCUACAGCCCUUGUCCCACUGCAGGAUGUCUCCUGGAGCUGCGCUGCAAGUGCAGGAGGAGUACCGCCGGUGCUUGGAGAGAGAUUUCCGCCGGGGCCACACUGGCGUCUGUGCCGACUUGUCCCUGAAGGAGAUGCUGUGGCGUGGCCUGCUGGAGGAUCCAGAGCUGCACUGUGGCCUGCGAGGGGAGGACACUUUUGCCAUGCUCGCUGCAGCCCUGCGGGGUCAGCUGGACCUGGGAGCGGCGCUCCGGAAUCUCGGCAGGGCCUUUGAGGUGCUGGAGCUGGCGGCCGUCAACCUCUACUUCUUCCCCUGGCGCAAGGAAUUUGGCACCAUAAAAACCUUCUCCGGUGUUUACGUCCAUAUCCUACAGGGAGUCUUGCCUGAGGCCGACAUCACCCGGAGCUUCCGCCGGCUGGGCUACAUCCCGAGAGACAACCUCCACCUGGUGAUUUCCCAGCUGCCCCCUGGUGCUGCCUUGCUCGCUGCAGCUUGUUGCUUUUUUGCAGCCAGGGUGGAGUGCGAGAUCCUGGAGAAAAUCAUGGAGCAUCUGGAGCCGUGCACUGCGUCACCCGAAGAACUGCUUCAGGCCCGUCAGGAGGCCAAAGGCAGCCUGGAGGCCUGCGUGGCCAAACUACAGAGCCUGGUCCAGUGGCCUCGGGGCAAAGAGUUCCGCGUGGAGUUGGCUGACGGGAUCGAUCUCUACCAGGAGAGUGCUGAGGGGCAGAGUCAAUAUUGCGAGCCUUUGGGAGCAAAGUUGCCAUCGCCGCAGCAGCACCCCCUUCCUCUCUCUGAGCGCAGCAGCCCUAGGUUGCGGAGUCGGGAGCAGCAUCUGCGGAGUUUGCAGGGGUGUACGGAGAACCGGAGUAAGAUGCAGGUGCCGGGCCAGGAGGAGCCCUAUGGCAACGGGAUCCUGGUCUCGGAGGGGCCGGACCCUGAGACCUCCUUCUCGUUUAUCUCCUUGAGGCACGAGCUCAGCAGAACUACUGAAGCAGACUACCCCACACAGCCAGGAAGCCGGUAUUUGUCUCCCAGUCCUCACUACGACAGCCCCGGCCCGCAGCCCCACAGAGCCAGCAGUCCAUCCUCUCCCUCAGCAAGGCAGCCAAGGAGUCCCCAGCUCAGCCCUGCAGGGAUGCGCCGAGCUCAUGGGCUGGGUGCAGGGCUGGCCUCGACAGAGCUGCCACGCUAUCACCUGCAUUCAUGCAUGCGCCCAGGUGCCCUUCCUGCGUCCUGCUGCAACACUUGCAGAUUGCUCCACAGCCGUGGCUGUGACGGAGCUCAGGUUUGCCGGAGCAGCCACCACAUGGAAGAGCUGCAAAGUGAGAAGCAGCAGCGCCUCUGGCUACAGCGGACAGAGCUGGAGAAGUUGCUACACGAGGGGUCAGGAGGAGUCUGGCAGUAGCCUCCAGAAACCUACUGGGGCCUCAAGAGAACCUUGGAGGGCAAAGCUGCUUCCUCUGCCGUUCUGGGGCUUCAUCUAGAACCGCACACACUAAGCCUGCUUUUCAUCCCCCUCUUCCAGACUUUCCUCCUUGCCCUACCCCUAUUUUCUGAAUUUUGAAAAUGUAAGGAAGGGGUAAAAAAGAAAACUAGCCGGAGAUGCAGCUUUGAGUGUGCAUUUUCUUUUCCCUCCAAAGGGAACUUUCUCAAAUCCUACAUAUUUUUGAGAAAUUAGUGGAACAAUUUUGUCUGGGGGAUCAAAAGGUAGGCAGACUUCCCUAGUGAUUUUUGCUGGACAAGUGAGAUUUCCCCCCCCAUAACUUUUCCAGUAAGAAUUUUGAGGGUGGAUCGCUUCAAAAUCCUUCACCUAAAAGUGGUCCCAGAUGAUUGUCGAUAAAUGGUGAGUCAGUACACACUAGGAGGAACCCCACUCCCAUCCAUCCAUCUUUUUUAGUAUGGCACCAGUUGGAGGAAGGGUAGUGUAAGGAAAUGGCUUGGGAGAAGAUGGGCUGAGAUUACAGAAGGGGUACAGGCUGCUCCUCCUUGUUAUACCUUUUUCUGAAUCCUUGUGGCUCUUUUCUGGUGAAGGCUCAGGCAGGGUAACUUUCCUUCAAGUGAACCCUAAUCUGAUGGUACAUCCCUUGCAGCAGCUUCUGAGUCUCCUGAUAUUACGCAGCGAUGGAGCUGUGCCCAAAUGUUUGGGGCAUUCACCAUCUCCCUGGUGGCUUUCAAAAGCAGCGGUAUGAAAUAAACAAAGUAUAAACUGUC